AUGACUAAACAAAUUAUAAAAAGUAAGUAUUUUGAAAGUCCUGUUAUGGAUGAAAGUCUCACAGACUUCAAAGAGACAAAAAACCAAUACACUGGUCCUAAAAGGUGUCAAAAGUUUAAAGUAGAUAAUAAGAAAGCUAAACCUAGGAAACAUAUUAAAGGGCAAAAAGACAUAAGAGCUUUAAUUAAAUCAAAGAAAAAUUGUAUUGUCACUUUUACUAAAGACUUUAAUAAUGUUUGUUUAAAAAGUGGUAUUGAUGUCGACUCCGAACAGUUGCAGUUAGCCAUAGCUUUAUCAAAGUCUCUUCAGUCCACUGGAGAUCAGACAGAUGCAGAAAGCUCACAGACCAAGUUAACUUCACAAGAAAGAACAAAUAAAAUACGCAGAACAUUACAAGAAUAUGGAUUUAAAGUACCUGAGAUUAAAUUUAAACCAGAGACUAGUAAGAGAUUGAAACGGUGCAUAAAACAAUAUAAAUUACUAUUGACAUCUGAAGAGGAAAGGCAGCAAAGAAUUUUUGAUAAGUAUUCCCAAGUACUAUUUCAAAAUAUUGAUUAUUCUUUUGAUAAUGAUAAAUAUGAAAACAAUAUAAUUAACAGUGGUCUAUACUAUCUAACAACAAAUAUAAAAUAUGAAUUAAUGAAGAGUAAUGAAAUAUUCUAUGUACCAGGAUUACUGCAUGAUAUUUCUUAUGUCAAAAGUGACUUGCUAAGAGAUUGGUCUAAAAUACCUGGUAGACCAGCAAGCCCUAAACUUAAACAGGAUUUAGUUGUUUCUAUUUCAGAUCUAGAAUGUACUCAAACUGAGUUAGAUACAAUACUCAGUGGGUCAUUAAAAGCAGCAAAGGAUAUUUAUAAAUUUAAAAUCAUUCAUUCAAAUUUACUAAAAGAAGAAGAAAAGAAGGGUUAUAGUAAAGAUUUUAUCAUAAAUCAAAAUCUUGACAAAUCUGUCAUAACUGUAAACAGAACUUCAAAACAGGUUGAAACACAAAUUGAAUGCAAUAAAACAACAAUGCUUUCCUCACCGCAGAGAGGAAGGAGUCUUUCUCCAGACAUCUUUGAAGACGAAACUUCUUCAAUAAUAGACAAUUCUAUUAUAUACACAGGAAAUGGAGAUGAAAAUAUUAGAGAAGAUGAUGCCAAUCAAGAUGUUGUUGUAGAUUUGACACAGCCUGUGGAUAUUAUUAGCCAAUCAAAUAUAACUAAACCAUGUUCCCAGCUGUCUCAAUCAAGUAAUAGAACUAAAAGAAAAACCAACGACUAUAUGGAUUUAACUGAUUGUAUAUCUGUGUCUUUGCGAAAAUUAGAGACUUAUUUAUUUUCUCAGGCAUUAAAGGUACCUGAAAUUGAACAAAUACAAAAUGAUUGUAUGGAAAUUACUGAAUGUGUUAAUCCAAUUAGUCAAGAUCAUAAUAUCCUUGAUAGUGAAAACAUUGCACCAGCACAGGUAUUAAAGGUACCUGAAAUUAAACAAAUACAAAAUGAUUGUAUGGAAAUGACUGAAUGUGUUAAUCCAAUUAGUCAAGAUCAUAAUUCCCUUGAUAGUGAAAACAUUGCACUAACACAGAAGAUUGAAGAUUAUACACAUGUAGAAACAAUGAAACAUUGCAAAGAAAAUAAGAAAAAUGUAAUUACAAUGGAUCUUACACAAUCGUCUAACUCAGAUGAAGAUUUACCAAUUGUAGAUAUUGGUAGUUCACAAGCCAAGUCAUCAGAUGUUACCAUUAUUAUACAAUAUGAUGACUACAAUAGUAUCAUUCCUACAUCAUCAAAAUGUAAGAAUUUAAAACCAAGUCAUGAUUUGACCAAAGAAGGAAAUGUUAUUUAUGUAGAAGAAAUUAAUGAGGAGUCUACACUAGAUAACAAUUCUAAAAACAAAUUAAACAAUUCUCUUAUAGAUUCUUAUGAAUAUGAUCAAAACAAACAAAAUAGUGAUAUAGAUUUAACUCAGUCUUCAGAUUCAUCAGUAGAAGUAUCUCAAAAAAGCUUCAAUACUUGUAAUGCAUCUGAAAAUCACAAACACAAUGAGUAUCUAAACCUAGGUAAAAAAGAUAAUGUUUCCAUAGAUUAUGAUGAAAUUUGUAUUGAUGCUCCAUGGAAAGAGAAAUGUUUAGAUGGACAGUUUGAUGAUAUUCACACAAAAUAUGCAAACAUUUCCGACAAUGAAACUGAAUCAUGUAAAAACCAAAUGGCAAGUUCCAAGAGUGAUCUUAUUUCUAAUUGUAGUAAUAACUCUGAACCAUUUAAUUUAUCUGAUAAGGAACUUAACUAUUCCAUGCAUAAAUCAAAAAUAGAACAUUUUGAUAUGGGUGGUAUAUCAAUUAUAGAUGAGAUUUGCAACAUAAAUAAAACAAAAAAUGAUACUAAUUUAAAGAAAAACUGCUCUUUAAAUAGAUCAUUAAGUGAAAGUUGUCUGCCAAACAUUUGUAUUAAAGAUAAUAAAAUAAAAACAACUGAAGCAUACAUUACACUAAGUCAAUCCACAUCUUCAACCCCAAUAAAGGCAAUUAUUAAAGAUAACAAUAUUACAGUACAAACACCAACAAAUAGUGAAUAUGUUGUAAAAGUGGGGGAUGUAACACCUAUGUUAGAUUAUGCAGCAAUGUCUUCACCUGAAAGGAAUAAAGAAUUAGAAAAAUAUGGUUUGAAGCCAUUCAAACGAAAACGAGCUAUUCAACUCUUAACCCAUUUGUACAACCAAACUCAUCCACUAAUAGAGCACUGCUCUGAGCAACCUGUAGCCCCCAAGAAAUUAAAACUUGAUUCUCCUAAGAAGGCAUUAAACUUACAAGAGAAGCAUAAAAGCCCGAAGAAAACUAAGGAUAUAUCAGCAAGCACCAAUUUCAAUAUGAAGAAUUAUAUUUAUAAAGAAACAAAAGAUCUGCCUGAUAUAAAAGACAUAGGAUGUAGUGCUGAAGAUUGGGUAUUUCAGAAGAGAGAAAAAACUAAGGUCCAUGCAUGCCGUGUACCGUUGCACAUAGCGUUCCAUAAUUACGUCUCGUGUCGUCGCGGCUUACGGGAAGCGAUACUCCGCUAUGAGCCAGUCAACAUUGACGUCAUACAUAAAGACCUAGUUUCUUAUGGCUACCGCUACAAUCCUAAGGAGCUUCUAAAAUUUUUAGAUAAAAAAUGCAUCACUGUGAAAACCGCUGACAAUAAUGCAAGAAACAGUAAAAAAUAA